AUGGACGAUGAUGAUUACUUCUCCGACGACUUCGAUUCCCUGCCGCCGGGUACGCUGUUCGAGCUAGAGCAGAAUGCCUACCAGGCAACCCAGGCUCCGGCUACACAGCAUCAUGGACAGGCAGACGAAGAUGCCAAACUUCAUGCUGAGGCGACAGCGGCAGUUCGGCAACCCGCGACCUUGAAGCAACCGCCGCGACUACAUAGCGGGUUGACGAACGACUACCAUACGCUGGAGGUGGGAGAAUUGGAAGCGGAGGUGCAUGAUGAUUUUGAGGGCCACUCGGUGCUUCAGCAGGGCCAUGAGGGCCAACAGGAUCACCAUGGUUUGGUCGCGCAGACCUCAUGGCCCGGGCCCGGCAACGGAGGCGCAGACGAUGCGAUGGAAGUGGACGACUAUGGCCAGGCGAAUACAAACCAAAUGAAUGCACGCCUACAGCAGUUAGAGCAGGAGAGAGAACAAAUGCGACGCGAGUUAGCAGAAGCUCAAGCGCUUGCCGAAACAAAGGCCGGGGAAAUCGCCAUUAUACGAUCGAAACAAACCAGCAUGACUCGAGACUAUGACCGCCAGUUAGCGGCCCUACGAAAGGCCAUGGCGGACGAAAUAGCCAAGCACAAGGUGGAGGUCGAGGCCGCGAUGUCAGAAGGCAGGAAGCUUGCGGCAGAGAACACAUUUCUGCAGCACGAUCUCGCGGAGGAAGCACACCAGCUGCGCAACUUCAAAGUCAGACAACAACGCAUUGAAGACAAGGCCGCACCGGUUACCCCGAGAAAAUCUCGAGUUCUCCCUUUCCGGGAUGGAUUCGACGACGAUGAGAUUGCGGUGGUUUCUCCCACCAAGUCAGCAGCCCGCUCAAAACGAGCAACGCCAACCCACCCCGCAAAGCGAAAACGACAGGCAAGCGAAGAUAGUCCUGCGCCUUUGGAGCUGAGUCCCGCCGUGGAGGCGAUGAUAGUCGAGGCUCCAUCUGAUAUUCCUGGAGCUGAUGCAGAGAAUGCACGAAAAUCUCCUGGUCGUAAUGCUCGCGAUGAAAAAUACAUGAAGCGGCUCCUAAAUCACCGCUUAUUUUCGAGUGAAGAAACCGAUAUGGAGGCUUUAGCCAAGUACUACUUCCCCGCGGAGCCCAAUGGUCCGAUCUCUCGGAUCCUCCUGGACAAGUUGGCGACUCUAGACACCGGCAGCUUCGUGGUAGACUAUAUUCAUGCGAUCGGACCAAUAUGGCAGCGCGCCAUGAAAGAAAAGUUCUACGACCCUGUCCCCCGAUUCAUGGCAAUUGCUCGCUACGUGUUGUCGCUGGAUGGCGUUCGGCUACAAGAUCUCAUCCCGCCGUUGGUAAAUGUGCUGCAGUAUGCUGUGGAGGUGAAUGCGGCCAAACGAUUCGAAUUCUCGCCAGCACGAGCUCUCCGACAGUCUCCGCAGACACCACAAUCUGAUCUGCAGCCGCUGGUCGAUUCAACUGAGUGUCUGCGGCUUCUGUACCAACUUGCAUGUGAGCUGAUGCAUGUUAAAAGCGCCAUGGAAGUCUUCUGGGGCCAUAUUCGUCACGAUUUUAUACUUGUCAUGCUGCACGGCUCUCAACCUCUCAAGGAUAUCUCCCUCACUAUGCACCUGUUAUCAACCAGCAUCCGGCCCAACUCAUUCGGGCCUAUCAUGCCCUCGGAGGAGGAACAAGCCGCUGUGCAAAAAUACAUUGUCGAUCGACUUACCCACAUGCUCCAUGAAUCAGCCCAGCCAGAUGAGGGUCUCGAACCCUACACCGUUUAUGACAUCUGCGCGAUGCGCCUCGAAGUCCUCUUGUGCCUAGAGGCUUUGGCCUUCAACCCCGCAGCUCCGUCACGAGACCAUGGCAGUGCAAUCUUAUCGGUUCAUCAAAACGCACUAGCACGGCUGUUCCGAUCGAUGCACGACGAACUAGAUGCGCUUUACUCCUCUCCGCCGGAGACCGAGCUGCGUUCUGCCCUAGUCAACGGACUCAUGCGGCUGAUCUUCGGAGUCAUGCGCCGCCACGGCCCGUCCAUCAAUAUGCAGGAUAAGCUCGCGUGUGUGGCUGGCAGCAAGCAGAAACAUCUGGUGGUGCUGACGCGACUCGCCUUUUGCGAUGGUGUCAUACUAGAAGCCGGUAUCGAGGACGAGACUGUCGAUAUGGCGCAUGAAUUACUGGAGGAGUGGACUAAUCCGCAGGAGGCGGAGUCGCUCGCCGAGGCCUUCCCCAGCUCUCGGCGAGAGUAG